UAAUUUUUUAAAAGGAAAAGAAAAGAAAUUAACUUGGGGAAGAAGUCAGUUUUAUAUGACUCUGAAGCCAAAGCCCCUAUUUCCUCCCGUCUCUCAGCUCUUUGAUUCCUCUGCAUCGCUACAAGCUCAUCAUUUCAUAGCGUUAGGGAUUUCGCUAAUAUCCGAGGUAUGGAUCUUAACAAACUCGAUCUAAAUGCCCCUCAUUCCAUGGGCACGACCAUCAUCGGCGUCACUUACAACGGAGGAGUUGUUCUCGGAGCCGACUCUCGGACCAGCACCGGAGUAUAUGUUGCUAACCGCGCGUCGGACAAGAUUACGCAGCUAACCGAUAAUGUCUAUGUUUGUCGCUCGGGAUCGGCUGCAGAUUCACAGAUUGUUUCUGACUAUGUGCGCUACUUUCUUCACCAACACACGAUACAGUUAGGGCAACCUGCAACUGUCAAGGUUGCUGCAAACCUUGUCAGGCUGAUAGCCUAUAAUAACAAGAACAUGUUACAAACUGGCCUAAUUGUUGGUGGGUGGGACAAGUAUGAAGGCGGUAAAAUUUAUGGAAUUCCUCUCGGUGGAACAAUAAUAGAGCAGCCAUUUGCAAUUGGAGGAUCUGGCUCUAGUUACUUGUAUGGGUUUUUGGAUCAAGCAUGGAAGGAAGGAAUGACCAAGGAUGAAGCUGAGCAAUUAGUGGUGAAGGCGGUUUCCCUUGCCAUUGCUCGAGAUGGUGCUAGUGGCGGUGUUGUUCGCACGGUCAUUAUAAAUUCUGAGGGUGUGACAAGAAACUUCUACCCUGGCGACAAACUUCCACUGUGGCACGAGGAAUUGGAGCCUCAGAAUUCACUGCUGGACAUACUGAACACUACUAGCCCCGAGCCAAUGAAUAUAUAAAGGGGAGCAUCUCAACGUUGAUAGGCCUCUGGCUUCACUCUUUAAUUCAUUUCUCGUUUUGCUGAAACAUCUGUUUUGUGUAACGGGAAAACGGAUUUUAUAAUGUUUUAUGUUGGAGAACUAUUCAUAUACCAUACCCAUAUGGUGGUGGAUAUAUUUCGGAUUCAA